CCAUCUCUAGUCAUAAUACAUCAGUGCGCCGCUUUGUCUUCCGAGAUGAGGGCGCAUUGUAGAUAAUAGUAAGGUCGCGGUGAAAUUAAAAGACGAUAUUUGUUAAAUUUUAAUUCCUUUAACGUCAUAAUAAGCAACCAAAAAGAUGUGGAAAUUUGUAACUCGUGGUAUUCGUGAAACUCUAGAACGUCGUACAUGUCGUACAAAUGUUUAUUCGCAAACGUCCCAAGAUAAUAACCCUAAAAAUGAGGUUAAAACUAAUUUGACGUGCAAUCACAAGUUCCUGGCGCCAAGCUUCUCGGCUUUUAAUAAAGAAUUUUGUGGGUCAGCAAAAACUGAUGAUGCUAAUGACAACAAUCACGAUUCCAAGUGGAAUACAAAAUAUACUUGGUCGGAUGCUGUCGGAUGGACCAGUGUAUUAACUGUUGGAUGGAUGGUAUGUCAAACGGUGUGUCUUCGCAGAAGACUUUUCGGGAAGGAAAAGAGUGAAUCUUUACAAAGCAAGCUAUCUCAAUUUUCAGAAGCACGUUUUAGUUACUUAUUUGGUCAAGUAUUGAAUUUAAAGUCAAAACAUAUUCUACCUGUUACUAACUGUGUUGGAAACAAUAACAAAAAGUACGUACAAGAGGAUUCAGAGGUAGAGUGGAAAGCAGAUGAGCCAUUCGGACCAAUCACUAUCGAAGAGGCUCUCAAAGAAGCUACAGAUGAAUUUGCCAAUGUUCAUAAAUUGGCUAUGGGUGAAUAUGAACUUCGUUAUGGCCUAAAAGCUUUAGAAGAAAAACGUUAUACGGAUGCAAUAAAACAUUUUGCUACUGGUGCCAAACUAUCAUCUACUGCUAGUAUGUUCAAUUUGGGGUUGUGUUAUGAAUUAGGGCUUGGAACAUUGAUCGAUCAUGCAAAGGCUGCAAAAUAUUACAAUGAUGCAGCAGAACAAGGUCAUGCAGAUGCCAUAUAUAAUUUAGGAGUAUUUUAUGCUCAAGGCAGAGGUGGUUUAUCAGUAGAUGUUGCUAAAGCUCGUAGUUACUUUACUAAAGCGGCAACAUUAGGUCAAAAUCAAGCGCAGUAUGCACUUGAUUUAGAACAACGUUAUUAUCAAUCUAAAGAGAAAGAAAAUAAUAUAACCUACGCAGAUAAACGUGAAUUUACUGUAAAUUAUAUACAAAAUAGUAAGAAUGUAAAACACAUUCUUAAAAAGUUAAUCAAUUACAAUAAUCCGUUAAAUACACAUUUAAGCGUAGAAUCUUUAGAAAAUUCGGAUUAUAAUCAAGUUGGAAUAGAAACUAAGAGUCCAACAGAAGUAUUCUUAGAUAUACUUGGUUUAAAUAAACCAAAUAUAUUGUCUGUACCGGUGAGGUCAAAUUGUACUGUGCCAUGUUAAAGUGCAAGAAAUAAUUGGAAGUGAAAAUAUAAAUUAUAUAAUUACGAAUUAUCAAUGUUUAUAAGUAAAAAUAAAAGCUAUAUUUCAUAUUCUCACUUCUAUAAUUAUUAAUUGUAUGACAAGAUCUAUUGAACUCGAACAGUAUUUUUACAAAACUAUUUAUUGUUUGUUAUAGUAUACUUGUAAAUAAUUGCUUUUAAAAAUAUUCCCGAAACAAUAUUGUGAUGUAAGGUAGUAUAUAGAAUUUCAUUUUUAUACCCAAUGAAAAUAGAUCUUGUUUCAUUCAAACAAAUUCACAUUCUUUUCGUAAAUAAAUAUAUCAUGAUUUGUACACAUUAUUAUCUUUGGUAAGAUAUGUAGUGGGUACAAAGGUACCAAUUUUAAUAGUGAUUUAAAUUUAAACAGUUCCAAAAUAAAUUGGAUUGCACUGUGAUGAAUACAUAGUUUAUGUAUAUGUUGGGGGGAAUGAGUGAAAAAGUUCAACUGUGGUUCACCAAGACCAUUUAUAUCUAUAAUUUUUAUUUAUACGUUUUUCCACUACUCGUGCAAGUUUUAUAAUUUAAUCCUAAAUAGAUACUUCUUACAAACUUCCCUUACGAAUAACU